AUGGGUUACGGAGGUUGGGUUUUAGCCUUAAUUUUGGUGCAAUGGUUGGUGAUCAGAGUGAUUCUGGUGAUUCCGGUAUUUGGAGCCCCGAACGAUAGUAUUUUGGGUGCCAGUAGCGGUGAGGGACGCGAGAGUCUGCGACUAUUUGUGUUCCUUGGUUCUGGUGGCCACACAGGCGAGAUGCUGCGCUUGCUGGAAAACUACAAGGAUGUACUGUUGAAACCAGGCACGCGGUUGACUGUAGGUGUUUCCGACGAUGCCAGCCUACAAAGGUUUGAUCAAACAUUGGGACGGGAACUGCGACGCUCGCAAGUGGAAAUCAAAGUCUGUCGCUUUGGAAAGGCACGCGAAGUAGGUGCCUCGAGACUCCAGUCUGUGAAGAGCAUUUCGGCCACGUUAGUCAAGGCCAUCGGGACACUCACAUGGAUCAAGUGGACUUUUGUACGACAGCCGCACUUGGUGUUGCUGAACGGGCCCGGAACUUGCUGCAUUAUUGGCGGGUGGUUAAAGUUCCUGGAGGUUGUGACCAUGACGAGGUCGAAGAUAGUGUACGUGGAAAGCCUAGCACGAACCUCGAGCCUCAGCAUGAGCGGGAAGAUUCUGUACCCGCUUGUUGACGAGUUCGUGGUACAGUGGGAAGAGCUGUGUGAUGUUUACGACCGAGCCCGAUGUUUUGGCAUUCUGGUGUAG